AUGUCAGAAGCAAAAAAGAAGAGGCGGCAGUAUUGUGCGGAUUAUAUUAAAUACGGAUGUAUCGAAAAUCCCACAAAUCCAUCAUCGCCAUUGUGCCUUAUUUGUAAAAAAACAUUUUCAAAUGAAGCCAUGAAGCCUUCUAGGCUUCAAGAUCAUUUUAAUAAAAUACACCCGCAUAAUAAAGACAAAGAUGUGACCUAUUUUCAAGACAUGAAAAAGAAGUACGAAAUUCAGCCAACUAUAUCAAAACUUUUUUCAUCAGCUUCUAAGCAAGACGAUGACGGACUUCGAGCUUCGUACAAUAUCUCAUUGUUGAUUGCUAAAACAGGGAAACCACACACUAUUGGAGAAGAUUUAAUUUUACCAGCAAUCAAAGAAGUAAUAACCACUGUACUCCAUAAACCAGCUGCAGAUAUUAUCCGAAAAAUUCAUUUGAGCAAUAGUUCUGUGCAAAGACGAAUAGAUGAAAUGGCUAAAAACAUUGAAGAAUCAUUGUGCAAUUAUCUGCAGACUUGUCAAUUUUCAAUUCAGCUGGAAGAGUCCAUUUUACCCACCAAUGAAGCACUGUUAUUGUCAUACGUGAGAUCACUCAAUAAAAUCAGAAGUAACUCGUUGAAUGACAGAUUAUUUAGUCAGCUUUGCAUUGCCAAUGAUGAAGAUUUCAACCGACUGCUGCUUCACACGGAGGUGCGCUGGCUGUCAAAAGGUACUUGCUUGACUCGAUUUUACAAUCUGUUUGGAUCUGUGAUAGAGUUCCUAGAAAACAAAGACCCAGAAUUGCGCGACAACCUCAUCUCAUCAAAGAAAGAUAUUGCGUACUUGACAGACCUGUAUAAAUUGUUUAAUGAUGUCAACCUCCAACUUCAAGGUGAUGACUUAAACUUGAUUAAGACAAAAAAUAGCAUUGCUGCUUUCCUAUCCAAACUACUAUUAUACAAAAGAAAUAUCGGCAGACGGGAAUUCAACAACUUCCCAAAUUUAUCACGAGUAUCAUUCAAUAACGAAGACUUGCUUGUUUACUGUCAACACUUGGAAAACCUCCACAGAGAUUUUAAGGAAGGAUUCCAGGACGUUUUAAACAUGGACAUACCAGACUGGGUUUUGGAUCCUUUUUCAAAUGUUAACACAACAGGGUCAUCCCAGUUAGAAGAAGAACUAAUAGAACUGACGACAAAUGAGGAAUUAAAAAUUAAAUUCAAGAAUGGCUACCGAGAAUUUUAG